UUUACAGAACAUUUCGCCCAAUGGCUGAAGAAUACACAUUCACCAACACAUGAAAUAUUCUUCAGAAUAGGCCAUAUCUUAGGCCACAAAAAGUCUAAACAAUCUCAAAAAAGCAGAAAUCAUAUAAAUUAUCUUCACUGACCACAAUGAAACAAAACUAGAAACCAAAGAAAGGAAGAACUUUGGAAAAUACAUAAAAACAUGAAAAUUAAACAACAUGCUCCAAAAUGACCAAUUAGCCAAUGAAGAAAUUAAGAAGAAAAUUUAAAAUUUCUUGAAGCAAAUGAAAGUGGAACUACAAAAUACUAAAACCUAUGGGAUACAACAAAAGCAGUACUAAAAGAGAAGUUUAUAGCAAUAAACACCUGUAUCAAAAAAGUAGACUUUAAAAAAAUCUAAUAAUGCAUACCUUAAGGAACCAGAAAAGAAUAAGCCAAAUCCAAAAUUAAUCAAAGGAAUGAAAUAAUAUAUCAGAGCAGAAAUAAAUGCAAUUGAGACUUAAAAAGCAAUACAAAAGAUCAAUGAUGCAAAAAGAGGAGUUUUUCAGAGGCAGCCAAGAUUGAGAACCAGAGGUGUAGAUGGGGAAGCUCAUGUGAGGAGUCAGCACCCACCGCUCAGGAUUCCUGGUGGGUACAGGAAGUGCCCAGCAAUGGUCAGGCCCUGAGGACCAAUCACAGGUUGGGCCGAAAGAGAAACCUUUUUAUUAGUGCUUUCUUAGCCGCCCGCUCAGAGCCGGGGAGUAAGGCCAGGCCUUGGGAGUCCUCCCUUCAUUCUCAUUGGCGCUCCCACGUGGGACGAGAUGGUGUCAUCUGUGCAGCUGGACUUCAACCUGAAGGCUCUUCUGGAGCAGCUCAGCCAGGAUGAGUUGAGCCAAUUCAAGUCUCUGAUCGGGACCAUCACCCUGGGAAAUGAGCUAAGACAGAAGAUCCCCCAGACAGAGGUAGACAAGGCUGAUGGGAAGCAACUGGCAGAAAUCCUCACCAGCCAUUGCCCCAGCUACUGGAUGGAGAUGGCCACCAUCCAGGUCUUUGAAAAGAUGCACCGAGCAGAUCUGUCUGAGAGAGUGAAGGAUGAACUCAGAGAGACAAUACGGAAAGGAGAACCGAAGCCUGUAGACCUGGAUGAAAUGCUGGUGCGCUUAGAGACAGAAGCACAAGCGUUUACAGAAACAGAGGAAGAUGUCAGCAGCCUGAGAGAAGCUGAAGCCUUGAAAAAAGAAAUGCCAGUGAAAGAGGACAGGCACAGGAGUAUACUGAAGAUGAAGUUCCGGCAAAUGUGGGAGGCCUGGCACGGAAACAGCAAAGAGGUCCAAGCUGUGGCUCAGAGAUACACGACGCUGAUCCCAUUCAGCAACCCCAGGAUGCUUCCCGGGCCCUCCAACACGGUGGUGCUGCACGGCCCUGCCGGCCUUGCGAAAACCACGCUCACCAAGAAAUUAAUGUUGGACUGGACAGAGGACAACCUCGGCCACAAAUUCAAAUACGCUUUCUACCUCAGCUGCAAAAUGAUCAGCCGCCUGGGCCUGUGCAGUUUUGCAGAGCUGGUCUUCAGGGACUGGCCGGAAUUUCAGGAUGACAUUCCAAACAUCCUAGCCGAAGCACAGAAAAUCCUGUUCGUGGUCAACGCCCUUGAUGAGCUGGGAGCCCCACCCAGGGCGCUGAUCCACAAUAUCUGCGCGGACUGGCUGAAGCCGAAGCCGGUGCCGGUCCUCCUGGGGAGUUUGCUGAAAAGGAAGAUGUUACCCAAGGCCGCCCUGUUGGUCACCACGCGGUCCUGAGCCCUGAGGGACCUCCAGCCCCUGAUGAAGCAGCCCAUCUACAUAAGGGUGGAGGGGUUCCUGGAGGAGGACAGGAGGGCCUAUUUCCUGAGAUACUUUGGAGAGGAGGACCAAGCCAUGCGUGCCUUUGAGCUGAUAAGAAGCAACACAGCCCUGUUCCAGCUGGGCUCGGCGCCUGCGGUGUGCUAAAUGGUGUACACGAGUCUGAAGCUGCAGAUGGAGAACGGGGAGGACCCGGCCCCCAACUGCCACACCCGCACGGGGCUGUUCCUGCACUUUCUCUGCGGCCACUUCCCGAAGGAUUCACAGCUCGGGUGCACGCUGCGGGCGCUGAGCCUCCUGGCUACACAGGGCCUGUGGGCGCAGAUGUCCACGUUCCACAGAGAGGACCUGGAAAGCUUCGGGUUGCAGGAGUCCCAUCUCCGCCCAUUCCUGGACAGAGGCAUCCUCCGCCAGGAUAGAGACUCUAAAGACUGCUACUCCUUCCUCCACCUCAGCUUCCAGCAGCUUUUCACUGCAUUGUUCUACGCCCUGGAGGAGGAGGAGGAGGACAGGGAUGGCCACGCCUGGGACAUUAAGGACGUGCAAAAGCUGCUUUCUGGAGAAGAACGACUCCAGAACCCCGACCUGAUCCAAGCAGGACACUUCUUAUUCGGCCUUGCCAACGAGAAGAGAGCCACAGAGUUGGAGACCACUUUUGGCUGCGUGAUGUCACAGGAGAUCAAACAGGAAUUACUGCAGUGCGACAUCAUUUGUGAGGAGAACAGAUACUCAACCAUGAUGGACCUGAAGGAGGUCUUACACUGUCUGUACGAGUCUCAGGAAGAGGAGCUGGUGAAGCGGGUGAUGGCCCCGUUGAAAGAAAUAUCCCUGCAUUUAAGUGCCGCAGACAUUGUGCCCUCUUCGUUCUGCCUCAAGCAUUGUCGAAACUUGGAGAAAAUGUCACUGCAGGUGAUAAAGACAAAGCUCCCAGAGAAUGUCACUGCCUCUGAAUCAGAUGCUGAGGUUGAGAGAUCCCAGGAUGAUCAACACAUGCUUCCUUUCUGGACGGAUCUUUGUUCCAUAUUUGGCUCAAACAAGGAUCUAAUCAUUAUAGAAAUUAAUAAUAGCUUCCUUAGUGCCUCACUGUUAAGGAUUCUACGUGAACAAAUAGCUUCUGACAACUGUCAUCUCCAGAGAGUGGUGAUCAAAAACAUUUCCCCAGCUGAUGCUUAUCGGAACCUCUGCCUAGCUCUUCAAGGUCACAAGAGUGUAACACAUCUAAGACUUCGAGGCAGUGCCCAGAAUGAUACACUUCCUGCACUGUGUGAAGUCCUGAAGCACCCAAAAUGUAACCUGCAGUAUCUCGGGUUGGUGUCUUGUUCUGCUACCACUCAGCAGUGGGCUGAUCUCUCCCUGGCCCUUGAAGUCAACCAGUCCCUGACGUGCGUAAACCUCUCCAACAAUGAGCUCCUGGAUGAGGGUGCCAAGUUGCUGUACACAACUCUGAAACACCCAAAGUGCCUCCUGCAGAGGUUGUCGUUGGAAAACUCUCACCUUACAGAAGCCGACUGCAAGGACCUGGCUGCUGUUUUGGUUGUCAGCCGGGAGCUGAUGCACCUGUGCUUGGCCGAGAACGCCCCCCUCAGGGAUACAGGGGUGAAGUUUCUGUGUGAGGGCUUGAGUUACCCCGAGUGUAAACUACAGACCAUUGUGCUGUGGAACUGUGACAUAACUAGCAAAGGCUGCGGUCACCUCACAAAGCUUCUCCAUGAUAAAUCAAGCCCAACGAACUUGGAUCUGGGGCGGAAUGACAUAGGAGUUCCUGGAGUGCAGGGCCUGUGUGAGGCUUUGAAGAAACCACUGUGUAAUUUGAAAUGUCUGUGGUUGUGGAGAUGUUCCGUCCCUCCGGGCAGCUGUGAGAACCUCUGCUGUGUCCUCAGCUGCAACCAGACCCUCAUCACUCUGGACCUGGGCCAGAAUUCCUUGGGGUAUAGUGGAGUAAAGUUGCUGUUUGAAACCUUGACACGUCCAAAUGGCACCCUCCAGACACUCAGGUUGAAAGUAGAUGACUUUACUGAUGAACUCAAUAAGCUGCUGAAAGAAAUAGAAGGUAGCAACCCACAACUGACUAUUGAUACUGAGAGUCAAGAGCCCUGGAAAAAAAGGCCUUCUUCUCACUACUCCAUUGUCUGAAUCCCCACCAAGAGUCAUUCAUUCUCAAUGAAGCCAAGGAUUUCCCAGGUGUUGGUGAACUGCCUGUGAGUCCUCCCCCACCCCACCCGCACUCCUCAGGGAAAUGAGUUGAUUGCUGGGUUAGAUGUUUUAGCCAUGGUUCUGCCUCUGUUUUACGUAGAACGUGUGUAUGUCUUUGACCUUGUUAUGUAUGAAAUAUCUGUAUCACGGGUAUAUGGAGAGAAAUAAAGGUGAGAGCAUUGACAAA